UGACUGGUACCGGAAGCGGCGGAGCGACGAGGCGACGUCGCGCCUCAGGGUCUCGAGCAGCUGCCGCGGAGCCUCCCGACUGACCGCGGGACCCGCCCGCCCCGCCAUGGCCGAGAGUGACUGGGAUACGGUGACGGUUCUGCGCAAGAAAGGCCCCACGGCCGCGCAGGCCAAGUCCAAGCAGGCCAUCCUUGCGGCCCAGAGACGAGGAGAAGAUGUGGAGACUUCCAAGAAAUGGGCUGCCGGCCAGAACAAACAGCAUUCAAUCACCAAGAACACGGCCAAGCUGGACCGAGAGACAGAGGAGCUGCACCACGACCGAGUGCCCCUGGAGGUGGGCAAGGUGAUCCAGCAGGGCCGGCAGAGCAAGGGCCUGACGCAGAAGGACCUGGCAACCAAAAUCAAUGAAAAGCCGCAGGUCAUCGCAGACUACGAGAGUGGACGAGCCAUUCCUAAUAACCAGGUUCUGGGCAAAAUAGAGAGGGCCAUCGGCCUCAAGCUCCGGGGGAAGGACGUUGGGAAGCCCAUUGAGAAGGGGCCCAGGGCGAAAUGAAGACAAAGCCUCGAAAUCAGCACGUCCCAGCUGACCUCGUCCGGCUGGUCCCCCGGACCCAGUGCCAGCGUGGGUUUCCCCACGCGGCCGAGUGGGACACGGGUGUCAGCCCCACCUGCCCCUCCACCCGCGCCUGCUGCCCAACAAAACCUUGCAAAGUGUGUGCUUUUCCCAUUUUCCUCCCACCCCCAGUCCUCAGGUUGGGGUGCAGAACGCCACUGUCCUCGCCCAAGGUGUCAGCCUGGUUGUGGGUGUGGCUCCUGGGGGCACUGAGUGGGGGCCCCUUGCUUGGGCGGGUGCAGGGUGUGGCCCAGUGGGUCCGGCAGCGGAAGGUUCUGCCUCUGGUCUGGCUGUUAGAGAUGCUAAUAAACGUUUGCUGCCCUC